AUGACACAGGAUUCGAGGACAGAAAUAACGAAAGGCGGGAAAGACCGUGUGAACCAAUGCUCCGAGCUCAUGGCAGCGGCGUUCCUAGAUGAUCCAAUUUACAACUGGUUUUUAUAUACAACGCCUGACCACAAAUAUCAGGCGCAUCUUCUGGCCAUGAUACAUGCUGUUGUGAAGGUCACGACAAUUGCGCAUGGUUACAUCACAGAGGCGGGCGGUUGGGGUUCGAGCGCCGCAUUUUGUCCGCCAGGAUACUCACCGGACGGGGUGGUUACUAUCCUUCAGGCUAGAUUGAUACCUACUGUGAUCAAACUGGGGUUUUCGCCCUGCAAACGCAUCCUCGUUGAAUUGUCCAGUGCUGUCGAGAGAACGAAAGCUAAGUGCCUGACUAGGGAGGAAAAGAAGAAAGGUUUCUGGUACGUGGCAAUCAUGGGUACAUCACCGCAACGACGACGGCAGGGUCUUGCAGGCAAGCUCAUCCAAGACAUGCAAUCUAGGGCGGAAGGUGAUGGCUGCCCGAUUUGGUUAGAAUCCACUACACCAGAGUCGAAACGACUUUACUCCAAACAUGGAUUCAAGGCGGUAGAGGGGAUCAACUUAGGCAAGGGCAAUGUUGAUGUAAAUGGACGAGCCAAAGCGGGAGGGGAGGGUAUUACUAUCUGGGGGAUGCUCUGGCGUCCUAGAAGACCCGAACAAAUAAUAUAA